UAGGAGUGGUUAGUCUCCUCCUACUUCCCUUUCUUUUCAAAAGCACGAAUGAAAGCAGCUGGGAAGUGAAAAGAGAAGGAAAUUUUCAAGCAGUGGACUUCUGAAACAGCUGAGUCAAAAACGCAGACAGUCACAGAGGUACGACUUGUGUUCCUGGAAAGCUGACAGGCAGACCGAUCACUCAGAGCUACAGCAAACAUGGCCUCCGUUGCACCGUUCAGCCGCAGGCAGUGGGCAUCCCAGUCGCUCAGGGUCACCGCCAAAGAGCUGUCCAUCGUCUCUGCCCGGGGUAAAAACACCGCCAUCGCAGAACGCUUCUCCAAGUACCAGAUGGCAGCAGAAGAGGGCAGCAUAGAGAAGAAGAAACCGGUUGUGGAAGCUCUACCCUCGACACUGUGUGGUGGGAACCUGAGUGUUUUAAAGAAACGCUGGGAGCAGCAGCAGCAGCAGGAACCGCCGUCCAUCCAGAGACACCAAUCUCAGGCCCCUCGGACUCCAGUCGGCACAUCCACAAGCUCCAGAUCUGCACCCUCAUCCCAAAUCAAGCUCCAGCCAGACACCCUAAAAACUACAGUACUCUCACAGGACCAGGAUACAGACAUCCAGGUUCACAGAGUGACCAGAGAGACCAGCCAGGACAUGACGGACAUGGAGGCGAAGCCCAGCAGAGAUUCAGAGGAGCAGGAGGGAGCGGCAGCAUCGGGAGCCGAAGUGCCCGAGUGCGAGAAGCCCAGCAUCCCCCUCAACAGCCUCAAGAUGAUGUUCGAGAAAGGAGAGAGCCCAGAAAAGGCAUCCAGAGAGCAGACAGGCCGAGGAAACACUGGCAGCAUGGACCAACUACUAGGAGAUGGAAGCCUCGCCGAGUCCACGCCUCUCCGUGAUCGGAUGGCCCUCUAUCAAGCGGCCAUCUCCAAACAGGAAGUGCCUCCCACUUCAGUCAAUGACGAUCAGCUGGACGGUUUCAGUGGGAAGCAGAAGGAGAACGUCCCCCCGUGCACUCUGGACAUGAGUCCAGAGUCUGAACCGAACACCAGGAGAGUUUUCACCUCAGAGACCAACGGCUCAGGACCCGGCACUCCUGCAUCCUCCAAUCAGAAAGACUCGUCCCAGUCAAAGACUCCCAGGAACUUCCGUCUGCCAGUGAGGGAGACCUGUGUAUCGUGCCUGAAGACUGUCUAUCCUCUGGAGAGGCUCGUGGCUAACCAGAACAUUUACCACAGCUCCUGCUUCCGCUGUUCGCACUGCAACACCAAACUCAGUUUGGCGAAUUACGCCUCCCUGCACAACAACGUCUACUGCAAGCCACACUUCUCCCAGCUCUUCAAGGCCAAAGGAAACUACGACGAGGGCUUCGGCCACCGGCCGCACAAGGAACUUUGGGAGGGCAAAAACGAGAGCGCUGAGGCCUCGCCGACAUCUGUAACCAAGCCAACAGCCCAGAGUCCGGCCACACCCUCAGACCAGGAAAGCCCCAGUGUGGAGGACUCACCCUUGGCUAAAGUCAACGUCCUGACGGCCACCAUGGAGGCUCUGGGACAAGGUUACUCAGAGAAGGCUGACAGACCCACAGAGACCCGCAGGCUGAAGAUCUCCUGGCCACCAAAAACUGAGCCCGAGGACACGCCCAGCCGCGGUGGAGCCGCUGCCAACACAGAGGUGGUCUCCACGGGUAAACCAAUCAGAGCCAAGUGGCCUCCAGAGGAAGACUCCCCAUCCACACCCCCAGAGGAAGCCAGGGGCUCACCUAUUCUGCGUCGAAACACCCCCCUGAAGGAGCGCAGCAUGCCGUUCACCGCGGCAGCUCAACCUGACAGCCCUUCUGCUCCUGAGCCCAAAAAGCAGAGUGCACCAGUAGAGCGGCAGCCGAGUCCUGAACCCGCCAGCAUGGACCUCCAGCACGGCGGCCAGUCGUCGGACAGCCAAACCCCCACCGAGGACAGCUGUGUAGAUGUGCACACCAGCUCCGGAGAGGAGGAACAGGAAGAGGAGAUGAAGAGCGAAGACGCUACAGACCAUCUCCUCACAGAGGAGGAUCUCGAUGACGCUGCAGGAGGACGAGGUGAAGAGGAGGAGCAGAUGGAGGAGGAAGACGGAGGCGUGCUGGAGGAAGAUAUGCCAGAUGCUAAACUUCAGGAGACUCCGACUGAGCCGACUGCAGUCUCCACUCCGGAGGCAGAGGUGGAGGCCAGCCGGUCGUCUCAGGACGUUGGCUUCUGGGACAGCGAAGAGGAGCAGGAGGACCUGACGGUGGAGGAGCUGAUUAAACGUAACCGACACUACGAGGAUGAAGAAGAGGAGGAAGAAGGGGACGUAUAAAGUGAAUUUUCUGCUCUCGGCCAAAACGACGACAUCCACGGACGCUUAACUGAUCUUCUGCCAUUCCUUCUUUCUCAGACAGUUUCUUCUUCUCUUCUUGAUACAAAGUUGCUGCCGUGUCCAGAGUGAAUUUUAUUCGUGCCUCUUUCACGACAUUUAGAAUAAUCAAAAUUUUUUUAAAAGAUGUUUAAAAUGAUUCCCCUUUAAAUAUUUUUAACGCAAAUGUUGUAAGUCACAGAAUAGAUGUUUUAUUUUUUUUUUUGUGUGUACGCAACUUUUGUAAUUUUGUAUUUUCAUCGGAUGCUUCAUUAUCAAACUGCUGUCCUGAGAAACCGACUGCACGGUCAUAUUAGACUGCAGCUCAGCUGUGACUGAAAAGUUUCUGAAUUAAGACAAAGUAGAAAAUAAUGAGUUUGGUUUCUUUUUCUCAGAAGAAUCCAGCUGUGACUUGAGUUCUUGAUCCCACAGAUGGAUGUCAGUUAAAGGAAAAACCUACAGCUUUAAUGCACCUUGGCAUUGACUCAGGUAGCCUAAUGGUGAGCGGUUUGAGAGCACGGUCUAAAAUGCUUGUUCAGAAUCUCCCAUAGGCGUUCAUUUGGCUUGAGAUGUGUUGAUUGUGAAGGCCGCAGCCUAUGAGUCACUUUAUUUUCACCCUCAAACCACUGUGAGCCCUCGUGUCCAGGUGGAGGCACUGUCACCCAGAAGAAGACUUCCACCAGGAUGGAAAUGUUUCAGGUGGACCCAGACUAGCACACAGCCACCUCUCACUGCGUGGGUCAGGGUUUUUUUUUUUCCUUUAAUUUGUCACAUCUGUAACUAUGAACACAUUGAACUGAAAGAGACUAAUGAUCAUUUGUUUCCACUUCUGAUGAGAUAAAACUGGACAUGAUUAUUGUAACAUUUUAAGCCAGGGGACCAAACAGCCUGACCUGCUACUGUAUAAAUAAACUGUUAAACUUUGAGUAUCUUUUGACAUACUGCUUAAGAUUGUUUUCAAAAACUGAUGUACUUUUGUAAUUUCACAUUAAAGUUUGGCUGAUGUUUAA